GUUGAACGUUUUCUCUUUGCUCUCUCUCUCUCGGCAAUGGAUCUCUCCACCAUUUCUCUCUCCUCCUCUCUUCCUUCUCCUUUUCUCAGUCAACUUUCUCUCCGUCCAAAAACAGCGUCCCUCUCUGGAAUCUUUCUCCGGAACAACCCGCCGCCGCUGUUUUCCCGCCCAAAUCAUCGCCCAAUCGCAGCAGCACUUCAACAAUCCCAGAAUGACGAUUUUGUCCUCGAAGACGUGCCGCACCUCACCAAUUUCCUCCCUAAUUUGCCGUCCUAUCCAAACCCAUUGCAUAGCAGCCAAGCUUAUUCAAUUGUAAAGAAUACUUUUGUAAGCCAAGAAGAUGUGGUUGCACAAAAUAUUGUCAUUCGAAAAGAUAACCCUAGAGGGGUUCAUUUUCGGCGUGCUGGACCUCGAGAAAAGGUUUAUUUCAAGCCGGAAGAAGUACGUGCUUGCAUAGUGACUUGUGGAGGAUUAUGCCCAGGAAUCAAUACGGUGAUUAGGGAGAUUGUAUGUGGCUUAAACAACAUGUAUGGCGUUGAGGAUAUACUUGGGAUUGAAGAAGGAUAUAGAGGGUUUUAUUCAAAAAAUACCGUGAGAUUGACUCCUAAAGUGGUUAAUGAUAUCCAUAAACGUGGUGGCACCCUUCUCCGCACAUCUCGAGGAGGACAUGAUACACAGAAGAUAGUUGAUAACAUUGCAGACCGUGGAAUAAAUCAGGUAUACAUUAUAGGAGGUGAUGGAACCCAAAGAGGAGCAGCACGCAUAUAUGAGGAAGUUGAAAAACGUGGUCUUCACGUCGCUGUGGCUGGAAUUCCAAAGACAAUUGAUAAUGAUAUUGCUGUUAUUGACAAAUCUUUUGGAUUUGAUACUGCUGUAGAAGAAGCCCAGAGAGCCAUCAACGCUGCUCAUGUUGAAGUUGAAAGUGUUGAAAACGGAGUUGGAAUUGUUAAGCUAAUGGGCAGAUAUAGUGGUUUCAUUGCCAUGUUUGCAACUUUGGCUAGCCGAGACGUGGAUUGCUGCUUGAUUCCAGAAUCUCCCUUUUAUUUGGAAGGGAGAGGUGGGCUGUAUGAGUUUCUUGAUCAGAGGUUGAAAGAGAAUGGACAUUUAGUUAUUGUCAUAGCAGAAGGUGCAGGUCAAGAAUAUGUUGCCGCAGAAGUGCCUGCAGUCAAUCAAAAGGAUGCAUCUGGGAACAGGCUACUUCUUGAUGUUGGUCCCUGGUUAUCUGAUAAGAUCAAGGACCAUUUCACAAAGGCUCAAAAGAUGCCAAUUAAUAUGAAAUAUAUAGAUCCAACAUACAUGAUUCGAGCUAUUCCGAGUAAUGCCGCAGACAACAUAUACUGCACUCUACUUGCUCAUAGUGUUGUUCAUGGAGCUAUGGCUGGAUAUACUGGCUUCACCGUUGGCCCUGUGAAUAGUAGACAUGCUUAUAUCCCUAUUUCUCGUGUGACAGAGAAACAAAAGACGGUUGAGCUGACAGGUAGAAUGUGGGCUAGACUUCUUGCAUCUACAAAUCAACCUAGUUUCAUUUCCUCUGAUCUAGAAGGAGUUGUCCAAGGUAUCGAUAGUCUGAAUAUUACCUCGAUAUAGGUUUUCUCAUAUUUAUGAGUAGCAACAGAUCUCUAUUUUAGGUUUCAUUUGUAUGUUAACUCAGUGCUGUGAAUUUUGAUGAGCUUUCAGAUAACAGAUGAUGCAUUAACAUAUAGUGGUAUUGGCUGUAAUUGGACACUACCACCAUAUGGUUUGCCACUAUUCUUUUUAGUGUGAAAUUCCACUACUUAGUAAUAGCUAUAUGUUUGUUGUAUUUGUUGAAACGUCAGCUCAGACUUUGAGUAUUU